CAACUCCGCGGGUGGAGAGCACGCGCCUACAAUCCCGCGCACUCUAUAUAUACUCACUCAACCAUUUCCCCCAUCACCACUCAUCUCUACUCCUCCGCAUUUCCAUUUCCUCGAUCAUCUCAGAUCUAGAUUUCGUUCCGUUUCAGAGAUAUGGAUACCUUCUUGUUCACCUCUGAGUCUGUCAAUGAGGGUCACCCUGACAAGCUCUGUGAUCAAGUCUCAGAUGCCAUUCUUGAUGCCUGCCUGGAACAAGAUCCAGACAGCAAGGUUGCUUGUGAAACCUGCUCAAAGACCAAUAUGGUGAUGGUCUUUGGAGAGAUCACUACCAAAGCCAAAGUUGACUAUGAAAAGAUAGUCCGUGAUACUUGCAGAGGCAUUGGGUUUAUCUCAGCUGAUGUUGGACUUGAUGCUGAUAACUGUAAGGUCCUUGUCAACAUUGAGCAACAGAGCCCAGACAUUGCCCAGGGAGUUCAUGGUCAUUUCACCAAGAAACCUGAAGAGAUUGGAGCUGGUGACCAAGGACACAUGUUUGGUUAUGCUUCUGAUGAAACUCCUGAACUCAUGCCUCUCACUCAUGUGCUAGCUACCAAGCUUGGUGCUAAGCUUACUGAGGUAAGAAAGAACAAGACUUGCCCAUGGCUGAGACCUGAUGGAAAGACGCAGGUUACUGUUGAGUACAAGAAUGACAAUGGUGCCAUGAUCCCUCUUAGAGUUCACACAGUUCUCAUCUCAACCCAACAUGAUGAGACUGUUACAAAUGAGCAAAUUGCCAAGGAUUUGAAAGAACAUGUAAUCAAGCCUGUAAUUCCAGCCAAGUACCUUGAUGACAACACCAUUUUCCACCUUAACCCAUCAGGCCGUUUUGUCAUUGGUGGUCCACAUGGAGAUGCUGGACUCACUGGGCGGAAGAUUAUCAUUGACACCUAUGGUGGCUGGGGUGCUCAUGGUGGAGGUGCUUUCUCAGGAAAGGAUCCUACUAAGGUGGACAGAAGUGGGGCCUACAUUGUUAGGCAGGCAGCAAAGAGUGUGGUUGCCUCAGGACUUGCUCGCCGAUGCCUUGUGCAGGUUUCUUAUGCUAUUGGUGUUGCUGAACCACUUUCAGUUUUUGUUGAUACAUAUAAGACUGGGAAGAUCCCUGAAAAGGAUAUCUUGGCCUUGAUCAAGGAGAACUUUGACUUCAGGCCUGGAAUGAUCACAAUCAACCUCGACUUGAAGAGAGGAGGCAAGUUCAGGUACCAGAAGACUGCUGCAUACGGUCACUUUGGCCGUGAGGACCCUGAUUUCACUUGGGAGACUGUCAAGAUCCUUAAGCCCAAAGCUUAGCCGUUGUGCAUUUAGCCAUCCAAUUUACUUUUCCAAGUCAGCCAAUUAUAUUUUUUGCCUAAUACAGUGUGUUUUCAUGCAUACACUAUUCGUUUAGCAAUGAAUGAAAUCAACUGAAACUACUUGUCCAUCUGC